AUGAAUAUCAACUAUGAUCAGGAAACGGAGAUGUUUAUUUGUGGGGGAACUGGUGUUGAAUUUACAUCAAACAUUUCUGCCAAUCAACCUCUCACAAAGACAUCACUCUGGGACCUCUACUUUUCAUCAUCGGGAACACAAUCAAACAGAACGUCCACUCCCGUCACUCAACAAACUAACGAAUUUAAUUCACCCACAUCAACAACGAGUAGUAAUACUUCCACCACCAUCACAACUAACUGUUCAACAACGAAUCAUGGAUCAUCUGCUGUGAGCGAUCAGACAGCAUCGUCUUCACCAAUCACAAGCAGUCCGAACGCAUCAACCAAAUUACCUGGUUCAAAGCCCAGUCGUUUAGAAAGUCCAAAAGUAUCACCACCAUUGACAAUCAAUAAUGCACUACAAACAACCAAAUCCCAUCCAUUCACACAGGCCUCUAGAAAUGUGGUUUUUGUAUCCACACCCUUUAGUGAAGGUGUUGUAUUUCAUAAUUAUAAGGAAAUAUUUCUUUGUGGCCAUAUUCUGAAAGAGGCUGUUCAAACACUUCACAAAAUUCCUGUAUAUUCCGAAACAGAUAAUUCCAUAAGUCAACUUGUAACUUGUCGACACUCCCUGUUUGUGCUUCUUUCUAAUGGUAAAUUAUAUGCAGUGCGAGGAAAUGAAAUGGUGCUUUACUUUGCCAAUGACAAGAGGAAUCAACAAAGCUCAGAAACUGCAACGAAAAGUCUUCUCAAAGAACUCUCCUUUGAAAAAACAGUCAAAUGGGUCUCCAAUGGAGGAGGGAAACACUUUUUCCUUCUCACCACUGACAAUGAACUGUAUGCCAUAGGAGAUGAUACUUUUGGACAAAUUGGUUGUUGUACCCAUAUUGGUUUAGGAAAUGCAUCAAUUAAGACAGGCAACUUCAAUUCCACCAGUUCAAAAUCUCCUGGAUUUGACGAUAGGAAAGAGAGCAGGACCAAUUUGGAAGAAUAUGAAUCCACUACAUUCUAUCCAAAGUUUGUCAAGGUGCCCAUUGAUAAGACUGUAUCCAUUCAAGACUAUGAAAUUGAGAAGAUAGAGUGUGGGUUAAAUCAUACAUUUGUUCUAUUGAAGCAUAUCAAUACUUGCAAAAAGCUGCUCUUGUCAACAGGAUGUUCCUAUUAUGGCCAAACAGCUGUAGGAUCUACACGAAAUAGAAACAGAUUAACACCUGUUGAUUUUGACCACUGUGACGACAUUAUUGAUAUUAAGUGUAACAAUAAUGGGUCUUUCAUAAUGACACCCAAAGCACUUUAUUAUGCUGGCAUUAAUGAUCAGAAUAUUCUUGCAAUGAACAAGGCUUACUGUUCUGUGUUUGCGGAAGUACCUCUGAUGACUCACCUUGCUUCCAAUGAUCAAUUCUCCAUGAUUGAUUGUGGAUAUAAUCAUUGCAUGGUUGUGACCAAGAGAAAUAGAAUAUUUGGUUUUGGUCGAUCAUCCUCGAAUCAGUUUGGAAUUGGACUCAAUAACUACAUUUGUCAGGAAAUUGAGUGCAAAGAUUUGUUCGACAAGGAAAUUGUGGGAGUUUGCUGUGGACAUUCUCACACCAUUCUGUUUACUCAGCCUCUUCGCUCAAUGGUUGAAGAUGAUGAAAAAUUGGUAGACGAUUUAAUCAAAUUGAGAUCUGCAAAUCAUUUGUGGGAUGUUCAAGUGUUCACAGCAGCAAAGGAUUAUUCGGUAAAAAUUCCACAUUACUUCCUAACGAGGAGAAGGCCUGAAUUACUUCACUAUGAUCGAUCAAAGGCUCCCAAAUCUAGAGAGAGUCUCAAUUGCCUAGUCGAUUGGAUCUACUUUAAUAACUUUUCGAGCGUUACCGAUAUUGAAACUCUCAUUGAUUUAUUAGAAUGGAUGACGACGAAUCAUGUCUCUGAUGAAUACCUCUCUACCAUGGUGCUUAAUGAAGCGAUCACCCAGACCAAUGAAGAAAAUGUGUAUGACACGAUCCAAUACAUAUUGAACAACAAAUAUCCAAAGGAUGAGUUUCCACUUCACUCAUAUUGGCAUCACGCUUUGAGCUUCUGCAAACAAUUUAUUGUGGAAAAUACAUUUAACAAAAUCAAAAACAGUAGCUACUUGAAACAGAACAUUUUGGUUGAAAUUGCAAAGCUUUCCAACCCUACUCUCCUUAAGACCAAAUCUCUUGGAGAGCUUGAUCCACCAUCUACUAUUCCUGAAAUUGUAGCAGAACUCUUUGAUGACGAAGAAACAAGUGAUUUUCAAGUUGUACUUGACCGAUCAAGAGGUUUUAUUAUUUAUUGCCACAAAUCAGUUUUAGAAUGUAGAUGUAGCUUCUUUAGCAUGAAGAAAUAUGGUUUCCAAGCAGCUACCAUCAAAGAAAUUGAUUUCUCUCAAGUGUUUUCUGGUUGGAAAACUUCUGAAGAAAUUACAUAUGAUGACUUUCUACUGUGUCGAUCUUUAAUCCAUUUCUUUUACACAGGCAAAAUUUGCAUUACCACCAAAAACGCCCUUAGUCUGAUGUUGAUAUGGGAGGCAAUGAAAAUGCCAGAAAAAUCAAAGCUAUUUGAAGUUUGCAUGGAUUUUGUGGCAAGGGGACUCUCUGUUGACAACAUUAUGGAUGUAAUUGUUGCUGUUAUUAAUCGACCUCACCACAAUGCUACUUUCAAUCAGCAAGGUCAUGAUUUUGGAUCAUUCACACAUUUCUUCUCAAAACCUCAAGAAGUUCCUGUUCGGUAUGAUUAUUCCUAUCUUCAAAAAGAAUGUUUGCACUUUUGUGCCAACAAAUGGAAAGAAAUUUUAUUGAGAUAUCGCAGUCAAAUAUUGAAAUACUUAACGAAAGAGCAAUUGUUAGAAAUCACAUGCUUGCAAAAUAGAGUGUCCUUUCCCUGUAGUGAGUGCUAA